AUGGCGUCCUUUGUCUCUUCUCUCGCGCUGGACGACUUCAAGAAUCAGCUCAGCCUCGCGUCCGUAUGCGGCAUCGUGUUCCUCCUCGCCUGGUUCAUCCUCUUCUUCACCGAACUCAGCGUGGUCAAGAAAGCCUCCAACGCUGUCCACCUCCUCGGCCAAUUCGCUUACUCCUGCUUCCUCAAGCCACACACCGGUGACGGCACUGGCAAUCAGCAAGAUGCAUUGGAGAGCUUCUACAAAUCACAGGCAUCCAUCUACGAUGCCACUCGAUCAAAGUUGCUGCAAGGCAGAGAGGACAUGCUUGCUCUUGUAGCAUCUCAGGUCAAACACAGAGUCGAGUCAAGCCAAAUCUCCCACAAGCCAAUCUGGGUGGACAUUGGUGGCGGCACUGGCUGGAACAUCGAACAGAUGGGUGAGCACAUCCACGUGCCUUCGUUCUUCCACGCCGUUUAUCUCGUCGAUUUGAGCUCCUCACUCUGCGAAGUGGCUCGCAAGCGUUUCGAGCGCUUGGGCUGGAAGAACGUCCACGUCAUCUGCCAGGACGCCAGGACUUUCCGCCUCGCCGAUUACGAGGCUGGCAUUGGAGGAGAGAAGCGAGAGUUCAGCAUUGGUCGCUCAGCAUACGACGAGGACGCACGUGACAGUGUCGGAGCGGACGUCCUCACCAUGUCUUACAGCUUGAGCAUGAUUCCCGAAUUCCACCCAGCGAUUGACAGCGUUUCCAACCUUUUGGCACCAGAUGGUGUGGUCGGUGUGGUCGACUUCUAUGUCCAGAACGAGAUCGAGUUCAACGGCCGCAACUACAUUGGCGGUAGCAUCAAUCGACACUGCAUGUGGAUCAGCCGUGUUUUCUGGAGGACGUGGUUCGAGCUUGACCGCGUUAAUCUGGAUUCCGCCCGCCGCGACUACAUCGAGUAUAAGUUCGGAACCAUCAUCAGCACCAACCGUAGAUGCCAUAUUUUCGGCUUCCGCAUCCCGUACUACAUCUUUGUUGGCUGCACCAGGAACACCGUCAAUCCGAUGCACCAGUUGGCUUCCGUCGACGCUGCAGCUACCGAAUCUCCAUUUAUCAGCGCUCUUGACGUCCACGCAAAAAGCCUCACCACCCGUCGCCGAAGCUCCAGCUCCGACCGACGCACAAGCAAAGCACACGACACCGCGGUGAUCAAUCUGGCCGCCAGCUUGCCUCUCCCAGCCGCCUACUACCAGAACAACAAGACCCGCAUCUACUACGACGACACUCUGCAAAAGCACCGCCAAUUCGGCGAUGAGUAUAUCUAUGCGUUCACCUGGGAGGACGACCGCAUGGACUCUCGUCUGCUCAAGAUCAACUCCGACGAUGUCAUCCUGGCUAUUACCAGCGCUGGUGACAACAUCCUCAGCUAUGCUCUUCAACGGCCAAAGCGUAUCCACGCCGUCGAUCUCAAUCCUAACCAGAACCAUCUGCUUGAGCUCAAAGUCGCCGCAUUCCGCAGUCUCGAAUACCAAGAUUUCUGGAAGAUGUUCGGAGAGGGCAAGCACGAGAACUUUCAGAAGCUGCUCCUCGAGCGUCUCUCUCCCCACCUCUCAUCCCACGCCUUCGACUACUGGCUUAACGUCGGACCAUCCACUUUCAGUUCUGCUGGGAAAGGCCUCUACUUUACUGGUGGCAGUCGCCAUGCUCUUCAACUCGUGCAAUGGCUCGGCAAGCUUCUCGGUAUCCGCAAAGACAUGCAAAAUCUCGGUGAGGUGCAGACUUUGGCUGAGCAACGUGAGAUCUGGACAAAGCGUGUGCGUCGCGUGCUUCUAUCCCAACUCCUGGCAUACUUCGUGGUGGGAUCUGAGCGCUUCUUGUGGAAGGCACUCGGCGUUCCCGGUGAGCAGCGGGCGAUGAUCGAAGAGGACUUUAAGCGUAGACCUGGACAAGUCGGCGCCGUUCGCAGUGGACAGGCCAUCUGGAACUAUGGCGUGCAGACGCUCGACCCAGUCGCCAACGAGACUUUGCUGAGUGAGGAUAACCACUACUACCUCCUCUGUCUGCUCGGCCACUACACCCGCCGCUGCCACCCCACGUACCUCACCCCCAAAUCGCACAUCAAACUCUCCGCGCCAACCGCGCUCGACAAUCUCCGCAUCCACACCGACGAACUCGCCGAAGUUUUCGCCCGCAUGCAGCCUGAAGCCCUGACCAUCGCGGUGCUUAUGGACAGCAUGGACUGGUUCACGCCCGGCGGCACCGAGGCGUCCGCUCAAUGCAAAGCCGUCAACCGCGCGCUCAAGCUCGGCGGAAGAGUUCUCAUUCGCUCCGCUGGCUUGAGUCCGUGGUAUAUGGCUGUGUUUGAGGAGUGUGGGUUUUCGCCGAAGAGGGUCGCUGCGAGGAUUCCUCCCGGGACGUGUACGGAUCGGGUCAAUAUGUAUGCUUCGACUUGGAUUUGCACGAAGGUUAAGAGCUGUGUGGCAUGA